AUGACAAUGAAAUGCUUCUUGUUUCUGGCCGUUGCUGCUGGCUGCCUGCCUGUUUUGAUUAUAAAAACAAGACCAGCCAAAGUUCCAUAUGAUACACUCCUUACGGAACUGGCAGCUGUCCAAGAAGAAAUUGUUACUGUACAUAACACCCUCAGGAGAGGAGUGUCUCCACCAGCCAGCAACAUGCUGAAAAUGAACUGGAGUGAAGAAGCCGCACAAAAUGCCAGAAUGUUGUCAAAGGAUUGUGAACUGGUACAAAGCAAUGCACUCAAGAGGCGAAUUGCAAAUACUUUUUGUGGAGAAAAUAUGCAUCUGACAACUUAUCCUAUCUCAUGGUCAAAUGUGAUCAGGAUCUGGUACAAUGAGUAUAAAUAUUUCCAGUAUGGGGAGUGGACAUUGACAGAUGAUGACAUGACAACUGAGCAUUAUACUCAGGUUGUUUGGGCCACUUCUUAUCUUAUUGGCUGUGGCGUGUCAUCAUGUCAUAAAGGAAUUCACUACCUCUACAUUUGUCACUAUUGUCAUGAGGGAAAUGAUCCUGAAAAGAAGAAUGUACCUUAUAACAAGGGAAGUCCAUGUGGAGACUGUCCAAAUAACUGUGAAGACAAACUAUGUACGAACCCCUGCAUCUACUACGAUGAAUACAAUAACUGUAAUACACAAACUCAACGUCUUGGCUGCAAACACCUGUCAGUUCAACGACUCUGCAAAGCUAGCUGUAUGUGUCAAACUGAGAUAAAAUAG